AUGCACGCCCUCCCGAUGACCCUCCUAUCCCUCCUCACCACCCUCAUUUCACAAACCCACGCCCUCCCAGCACCGCAACAACCAUUAUCUACUCCCAAGCUUAUUACAGCCAACUCUCUGCUCACCGAUUUGAUCCCCGCCCACAACCCUGAUCCCAAACAAUUUCCAGACGCAGACUUCACCUCCGCCCGCUCAUCAGCUUCAUCCCUACAGCUCUCGAAGAUUUCCGCUGGGCCACAAGACACCUCAGAAUUUACCCUUCCGUCUUCGACCGUAGCCUCAGGCUUCACGCCACUCUUUUACCCACUAGGCUACGAAAAUUAUGCCUCUCUCGAUGCCAAAUUCCCCAACCAAGAAUUGAACAUCGGCCAGCUCACGGGAGGUGCGCUGAUCAUCUACUACCUGAGCAAAAAAGUUGCGACGGAGACUCAGCAGACGGGCAUGAACAGUGCUGCUUCGUCACUCCGAAACCAAUUCAAGCUUCCCGGGUCUGCAAACGUCAAGGAUGGGUUCACUCAGGCUUCGAACGGUGCGACUAUAUAUGUUAAUACCGACUUUGAGUUGACCGCCGGUCAGAAGGCUUGCCCUGGAUCGUUGGGAGAGCAGGCAAUGACGACCCUUGCGCUGUUGGCGAAGGAGGGGCAGACCAGUGUCAGACAGACGAUUGGAGCUGUGGCGUGGGACGGGCAUAUAGCUAGUUGUGCUUUCACUGUCAUUGGGUCGUAG